AUGAAUGUGUUAGAUGAUGAAGAUGACCAGAGCUUUCACGCUACACGUGACGGCUACUCCCAUUUGAGCGAUGUCGAAUGGGAUGCGGUUGAACGGAUGGGUUCAACCAUGGGCAUCCAUGCUGUUAGCGUCAUGCUAGAGGCUCUCAAUAGAGAUGCCCAACAUGCUACUAUCGCCAAGUUCAUUCAAAAUGAACUUGACGCUGAACGCGAGAAAGUAGCCUUGCUUCACCAACAAGGUUCUCAACAAUCAGAGUUGUUGAGAGAACAAGGUGCUCAACAGUUUGAACUAUUGAGACAGCAGCAGGCUGCUGCUGGCGGGUCGAUGCACUCGCGUCGACCCGAAACCUUGAAGAUUGACAUCUCCAAGUAUAGGGGAGUCGAAGAGGACUCCCUCUUGAGAUGGUUCGUCGAAUUGGAUGGCGCCAUAAGGGCGCGUCGCAUCGACGACGGAGAUAUGCAAGUUGCAUUUGACCAGGCAAUCUGGCAGGACGUGCCGAGACUUGGGCUUUGGGGCUCAAGUUGCACGACCCAUAUGCGUUUGGGUCGUUGGAAGUCUUCAAGUCGCGGCUCAGACAAACGUUUGAACCGCCUAGAGCUGAGUUUAGAGCUCGAACCGAACUCUUGA